GGGUGCUCUCGCCUCCGUCCAGGCCCAGUGGCUCGAUACCGAAUCUGUCAGCUGGCCUGAGCUUGAAGCUCUCGGCGGCGGCAACCGCCCGUGGGGUGGCAUCGAUAUUGGCGAUACCAGCAUCAUGCCCCUCGAGUACAUCCUUGGGGAGCUCAAUGCCAUCACCGGAGACUAUCCCUACAACUACUAUUACCCCUAUGCCUACUACCCUCCUCCGCUCACCAUUCCCCGUCCCAUUCCUGGCUACCCGGUCAACACCGUCGGUUACCUGCUGCCCACCACAACCAUUCAAUUCAACCAGCUCAACCGCCAGGCCGAUUGCUCUGUGCCAGGCGGGCGCAUCGAGUAUCUCACCGACCCUACCAAUUCAGAAACACCAAUUGUAACCGACACCAGAACCCAAGUCACUUUCAGCUUCCCGCUCGACGUCCUCGACAAGAACUGCCAGUUCAUCUUCUUCCUCGGCAACACCAGCACGAUUAACGGCUCGGGCAGAUUCCUUCUGCUGCAGAACGAAACCCCGACCACAUCAUGCCCUACCGAGGACCCCCCGACCAUCCCGGAGACCGACCAGGCUGUGAUUGCCGGCUACCAAGCCAAACUCGCGGAUCUUGCCGUGGUUGAUGAUUCUAGAGGCAAUGCGUAUCUGGUGGGGCCCAAUACUAAAUGCCCGAUCCCCGGAACUAUCCUGACGCUGGAACUUCGCGGAUUGGAUGACUCGGCAGAUGCGAAUGAGCCUACCACUGACACUAUUGCGUGGAACGGCAUCUUUUCCGGUCCGGCAAUCAAGUACACGACCCCGCCUUCUGAUACGACGAACACUAACUCUCAGUAAUGUCGAGCUAGGCAACACCAUCUCGAUUGACGACAUCCCAUUUAACACCACCCUUGCACUUAACACCACUCUCCAACCAGAGAGAUCUUGGUUCCUCUUUGAGAAAACCUAUCUUGUUCUCACUUCUGUCUUGUUCGCUUGGCGAGGCCCUGCUGUGGUUUAAGCAUGUACUUUGUAUCCUACUGAGGAUAUCGGCGAUGGUCAUCUUGGUUUGGUUGUCCUUGUAAUGUCGAAGCACGUUUGUGGGUGGUGGUCAGUGACAGGUUUGGUAGUAAUUCCAGAUAGGUAACAAUGCGAGUUGGGCUUAUCAACGUACUCGGAUACCAUGAAACAUUACCAGAUUUGAUUCACAGGGAGGC